AUGCGAGAGGCGUUCGACCGAGAGAAUCCCGGAUGGGAGAUCUCCGCAACCAUUCCAACAAGCUACUGGUACCUACGUGGAUUUGAUGUCAAGGGAAUACAGAAGUAUCUUGACUAUCUCAACCUCAUGAGCUACGACCUUCAUGGCAUGUGGGAUCAGAAUAUCAAAUUCACCGGUCCGUACUUGGAGGGCCAUACCGAUAUAAGUCAGAUAGAGCUUGGCUUGGACCUUCUCUGGCGCAAUGACAUCGACCCAUCAAAUGUUGUCUUUGGGUUCGCGUUCUAUGGUCGAUCAUUUACAAUAAAGGACUCAAGCUGCUUCAAGCCAGAUAGAAAAUGCGAGUUCAGUGAUGGUGGCAUUGCCGGUUCGUGCACCGAUACAACCGGCAUUUUGUCUUACGCAGAAAUCAGCUCUAGCAACAAUUCGCUAGAUGUGCAUACAUCUUAUGAUCCAAAGACAACAGUCAAACACAAUGUGUACGGAGGAACAAAAUGGAUCUCGUAUGACGAUGAACAGUCGUUCAGCGAUAAGAAAAGAUUCGUUUCCAAGCGCUGUCUGAGCGGCUGGAUGGUUCAGGCCAUUGAUCAGGACAAUGGUGAAUUCGAUGCUCUGACUGGACUAAUUGGCGAGGAUCUUUCUUCGUUGCAGAUGAAAAGCAACGAAGAUAGUCGUUCAAGUCAUGUCCUUGCCGAUCCAUGGAUGCAUUUUCUGCUUAUACUGAAACUGAAGGAAUACGGAGUGAAACAACCGCCUCCGGAUGACAUUUUAGUGCGGAACAAUAGCAAGGAAUCAUGGACGUUCAAGAGAGACUAUCGUGCUACAUGGAUCACUGAUGGCUCCAAGCCUGACGACGGGUGGAACUUUGUUAGCCGCCGCUGGUACAGUGAAGGCUACGAGGGGGAUGUAGGAGGCGAGGCGAUCUUUUGCGCAAUGAAUCACUUCGGUCAGGACAAUGUGUACAAGUUGGAGACUGAAAAAGGGAAAAUGUAUAAUGGCUUCUAUCUUAGGAAUGACGGCUUAGGCAUGGCGAGCGACUGGCAACAAAUGCACAAUCUGGGCAAAUACUUGAUCACAUUUGGCAACACACAGGGCCAAACCCCGGACUCGACCAAUACCAAGAGAGAUAGCCAAAGUUGA